GGGUGGACUGGCCACAGACCCUACAAGGAAACUUCCCAGGUGACGAUGCCCAGGUGGCCGACUGAGCCCUCCUCAUGGCCGUCAGCCAAGCUGCCAGGUGCACUUUAAGAUGUAAAAUAGGCCAAAGAACUACUGACCUACGGAACUCCACCCCUACACAUAAAGCCAACCACACCAAAGUGCAAAGAACAGAAGCAGCACAGGAGUCACACACAAGUCUACUGCAACUGCGGAUAAAGGGAGACUGUAAAAAAAUGUACGAACCCACUUCAAAUGCGGUGACCGUGCAGCCCGAGCAAGCAUCCUACCGGGCCCCUCAGAAGGAUUACUUGAUCUGGUCCAUUGUGAACCUGCUCUGUUGCUGCCUGCCACUUGGGAUCGUGGCUUUGUUAUUCUCCAUCAAGACUCGUGAUGCCUGUCACCAGAAUGACACCGUCCUGGCCAACCGGAGCUCCCGUACAGCCUUCAACCUGAACAUUGCCGCUACAGUCAUUGGGAUCGUUAUAAUCAUUAUCGCCGUGGUUGUUUAUGUCCUCGUAUUUACACGUAUGAGAUAAAACUCCAUGAACUAAAAGAACUAAAAAAAACAAAAACUGACCAAAAAAUGUAA